AUCUUCUGCCUCAGUGAUUUUGCCUCACAAGAAGUACUUGAGUCACAAUAGAAAAAUUUAUCUUUUGACUCAAAACAUCAUGGACAUUUUCCUUGGGUUCCACAUAUGUUGUUUUUAAACAGUGUCUCACUAUGGCCUAAAAACCAGUGGGAAUCUUCCAAAGUGGGGAAAAGUGAAUGAAAGUGAGUCAAAGGUUUUAGUGAUGAAGCUGAUGGUGAAAAAACGAGAAGUAGCUGGGCACCCCACCAUCCUCGAUACCACUGAGCAUGCCCAAAGGGACAUUAGCUCUUAUGUGUCAGACCUUGCAAAAGAAUGCAUAUGUAUGCCGACGUACUGCAUAUGCAUGCCAACGUACUGCAUAUGCAUGUCUUCAUUGUUCAGAUGUCGAACCGGAACUUUGAGAGGGUGAGCCUGCUUACCAAGUCAUCCGGUGCCUGCUGUGAAGAAUCGCGGAUUGCCACUUUCCAGCAUCACUUUGCAGUUAGAGAGUUUUCUUCUCAGAUUUUGGAUGACAAUUUUUGGCUACUCUGGUAGGACACCGAGACUGAAAUCUUGUGGAUUGAAGAACAGGAGGAGAUCUCAGCGUGCACACCGAGUGAUUCUCAGGGAGCUCUGCCCCCGAUCUGGCCGCAGGCUUCCUGAAAUACGAUGUCGAACCGGAACUUUGAGAGGGUGAGCCUGCUUACCAAGUCAUCCGGUGCCUGCUGUGAAGAAUCGCGGAUUGCCACUUUCCAGCAUCACUUUGCAGUUAGAGAGUUUUCUUCUCAGAUUUUGGAUGACAAUUUUUGGCUACUCUGGUAGGACACCGAGACUGAAAUCUUGCGGAUUGAAGAACAGGAGGAGAUCUCAGCGUGCACACCGAGUGAUUCUCAGGGAGCUCUGCCCCCGAUCUGGCCGCAGGCUUCCUGAAAUACGGUAAGGCAUUCCUUUGGUUGCCCCUGGUAAAGCGUGAAGAAGUCUGAUUCACAUUCAGAGAGCAAAAGUAAGGGAAUUUAGCUGGACCUGAGCAAGGCCUUUGACAUGGUCCCCCACCACAUCCUCAUCUCCAAAUUGGAGGGAAGUGGAUUUGAUGGGUGGACGACCCGAUGGAUGAGCAAUUGGUUGAAAGGCCGCAGACAGAGGGUGGUGGUCAAUGGCUCUGUGUCCAGGUGGAGGCCGGUAACAAGUGGUGUCCCCCAAGGGUCUGUCUUGGGCUGGGCUCGGGUGAACCUGAUGAGGUUCAACACGGCAAAGUGCAGGGUUUUGCAUUUGGGCCGGAGGAACCCCAGGCACCUGUAGAGGCUGGGAGGAGUGGGCCUGGAGAGCAGCUCGGCAGAGAAGGACCUGGGGGUCCUGAUGGACGAGAGGCUGAACAUGAGCCAGCAGUGCGCAGCUCGAAAGGCAAAUGGGAUCCUGGGCUCCAUCAGGAGAGGGGUGGCCAGCAGGGACAGGGAGGUGAUCGUCCCUCUCUGCUCGGCUCUUGUGAGGCCCCACCUGGAGUCCUGUGUCCAGGUGUGGAGCCCUCAGUACAAGAAAGACAUUGAGAUUGUGGAAAGGGUCCAGAGGAGGGCGACUAAGAUGAUCAGGGGGCUGGAGCAGCUCCCCUAUGAGGACAGGCUGAGGGAGUUGGGCUUGUUCAGCCUGGAGAAGAGAAGGCUGCGGGGUGACCUCAUUGCAGCCUAUGGAUACCUGAAGGGAACCUACACCCAGGAGGGGAGUAAACUCUUCACAAGGGCUGACAACAGCAGGACGAGGGGAAAUGGAUCCGAGUUGAAGGAGGGAAGAUUUCGGUUGGAUGUUAGGGGGAAGUUCUUUCCAUGGAGAGCGGUUGGGCCCUGGAACGGGCUGCCCAGGGAGGUUGUGGAUGCCCCGUCCUUGGACGUGGUCAAGGCCAGGUUGGACGGGGUCCUGGGCAACCUGAUCUGAAUGUGGAUGUUUGGUGGCCCUGCCAGGCAGGGGGGUUGGAACUGCAUCAUCCUUGGGGUCCCUUCCAACACGGGUGAUUGAUUCUGUGAUUCUGUGAUUCUGUGAUCUGUGAAUUCCCCAGGAGGUACGUGGGCAGGGAGAUGUCCUGAGCGUGCGGCAGGUUCUGUGUUCCUCGGAAGUAACGGUGCUUGAGAGAAAACGGAUUCGAGUCCUGUUAGAGGGUGUAUUUAAGAGAUUCAAGACCCCUCGGGCUCCACAUCUUACCGAAAGUAACACGGUGAGGGAGUACUUGAGAGAUUCAAGACCCCCAGCAGAAACCGAAGCGCUUCAUUUUUGGUUGCAGUUUGCACCGGCCAAGAUUGAUGAGCACUGGAACAAGAAACUGCCGUGCCACCUCCCCCCACGAGGCUCGAAUUGCGCUCAAGGAGCCUGGGGCAGAGACACUGCAAACUCCUAUUGUAAAACGGCUUUUCUAACGUCUGCUUUUCACCUGUGAUCAUCCCAGCCUGCAGGAGUGCAGAAAAUGGCUGCAGCGGAUCCAUCUCAGCUGCUUCCCUGGGCCGUGGCAGUUCCCAGCAUGGAGCUUCUUUGCUUGCAGGAGCCCGUGACCUUUGCAGAGGUGGCCGUGUAUUUCAGCAGGGAGGAGUGGGCGCUGCUGGACCCUGUGCAGCGAGUGCUGUACCAGGACGUGAUGCUGGAGACGUACGCGUGCGUGGCCUCGCUGGCCCCGAAACCUGCAGUGAUCUCCAUGCUGGAAGGAGGGGAAGACCCCUGGAUCCCAGAUGUACAUGGCUUGAAGGACAUGGCAGAAGACCUCAGCCCAGCAGAUGAUGGGAUCACAAACAUAAAGGAGUAUCUGCAGAGAAGUGGUGUGGCUGAAAGGCAGUGGAGUAAUGCCUCGUUGGGAAAAACCAGAAGGGAUGUGCAAGGGGGCCUGGAGCAAGGAGAGCACUUGGAGAAGCAGCAGGGAAACCCUCCAGGAGAGAUUGUGAGGAACCUCCUGGACUGCAGCACAAGUCAGAAGCAGCAGAUGGAAGAUGCAAGGAGCAAGGAAGUGUGCCAGGAGGAAAGGCAGAACCCAAGUGCUGAGUGUGGGACCAGCUUUAAAAGGAAUUCCGACCUUGUUAACCACCACUGUGUCCGCUCAGUGAAGAGAUUGUGCAAGAGCUCUGGGUGUGUGAAGAGCUUCAAAACAAGAUCCAAAUUCGCUAAUCAUCAGUUCCUCCACACAGGAGAGAAACCCCUUAGGCGUUCUGAGCGUCCAAAGAGCGUCAAAAGCAACUCUGAAUUGAAGUGCCACCAGUGCAUCCACACAGGAUACAGACCUUACAAGUGCCACAGAUGUGGGAAAAGCUACAAACAAAGUUCCCACCUUGUUUCCCACCAACGCAUCCAUUCAGGUGACAGAACCUACAAGUGUUCCACGUGUGGAAAGGGUUUCAAAAGCAGUUCAGAACAGAAUCACCAGCACAUCCACACAAGAGAGAGACCCUUUAAGUGUCCAGAGUGUCCAAAGGGCUUCAGAAGCAGCUCCUACCUCAUUGGCCCCCAGUGCAUCCACAGAGGAGAGAGGCGAUAUAAGUGCACUGACUGUGGGAAGGGCUUCAGAAGCAGUUUCGACCUCAUUGUCCACCAGCGCAUCCACAAUGGAGAGAGACCCUUUAAGUGUACUGAGUGUCCAAAGAGCUUCAGAAGCAGCUCCUACCUCAUUGGCCACCAGCGCGUCCACACAGGAGAGAGGCCAUAUAAGUGCACUGACUGCGGGAAGGGCUUUAGAAGCAGUUCCAACCUCACCCGCCACCAGCGCAUCCACACAGGAGAGAGGCCAUAUAAGUGCACCGACUGUGGGAAGAGCUUUAAAAGCAGCUCCAACCUCACCCGCCACCUGCAGUGUGUCCACACAGAAGAGAGACCCUUUAAUUGUCCUGAGUGUCCAAAUUGCUCCUAAAGCAAUUCUGAAUGGAAGUGCCACCAGUGCAUCCAUACAGGAUGUAAAACAUACAAGUGCUCUGUAUGUGAGAACAGCUGCCAUUGAUGUUCCCAAUUUGAUUCCCACCAGAACGUGCAUUCAGGACACAGAGCCUGCAAGUGUCCCAUUUGUGUCAAGGACAGGCAUGUUAGAAGCGAAGAUGCACCAGCACAUCCAUAAGGAGAGAGACCCUACAAGUGCUCAGCGUGGGAAGAGCUUCCACAGCAGUUACAAGCUCAUUUGUUACCAGUGCAUCCAAACAGGAGUAACACCCUUUAAAUGCCCUGUGUGUGGGAAGGGCUUUAUAAGCAGUUCUAACCUCAACUCCCACAAGCACAUCCACCGAGUAGACAGAGUGUAGAAAUGCCCCGAGUUUGGGAGUAUCUUCAGAAGCAGUUCCUGCCUCGUUACAUACCUACACAUCCUCACAGGAGGCUCAGUUUGCAGUGCCACGAAUGCGGGAGGAGCUUCAGCCAGACCCCAGGCUGAUCAGCCACCUGUAGCUUUGUGUGGUUAUGAGCCUUACAGAUCCCUUGAGCAGAGGAAGAGCUUCACGGCUAAUUCAUCUUAAAAACACCUUGAAGCACAUACUCCUUGCUCGGACAGGUGGAACUGGUUUCAUGAGGUACAGCCAGCAGGGAGCACUCACUGUAAACAUGAUGUGGUCACAGAAUCGUAGAUGGCAGAUGAACCAAGUAAAUAAAUAAGCGAAGAAACGAAAAAACA